AUUCAUUCGUGUCUUCCACGGAGCAAAACGACCAAAGAUACGUACGUGGGAGAAAUUCAUGGAGUAUCACCGUGUCGUUAGUUUGGUCGCGGUCGUGGUGGUGCUGCUGCGUCGGUGGCCGGCUUUGAGCUCUGCGCAGGCGCCGGUGUCGAGGACCAUCACGGUGGACAGUCAUGGAGGAGGGGAUUUCUCGAGCGUGCAGUCGGCGGUGAACUUCGUGCCCGACGGCAACCGGGAGUGGGUGAGGAUCCACGUCCGGGCAGGGAGCUACACGGAGAAGGUGGCCAUCCCGGAGGAGAAAGGCUACAUCUUGCUGGAAGGGGACGGCUCCUCGAACACGGACAUCAACUUCAACGACUACGCCGGCGCCCACGUCCGCAGCCGCGGCGACACGUCGCCGACGUACCAGAGCGCCAUCUUCACCGUCCUCGCCGACGACUUCAUCGCCCGGAACAUCGCCUUCAAGAACACGCACAACGCUCACGACAAGAUCAACAAGAGCCAAGCGGUGGCGGCGCUGGUCCGCGGCGACCGGAACGCCUUCUAUGGCUGCGCCUUCCAUAGCUUCCAAGACACGCUCUGCGACGACCUGGGCCGCCACUACUUCAGCGACUGCUCCAUCGAGGGAGGGAUUGACUUCAUCUUCGGCUACGGCCAGUCCAUCUACGACGGCUGCACCAUCGUAUCCAACAUGCCGCCGUCUUACGGCCAGAAUCCCGGGUCGGUGACCGCGCACGGCAGGAUCGACGCCAGUGACCCCGGCGGCUUUGUGUUCAAGGGCGGCGAGGUUAGAGGCACCGGGCGCCAGUAUCUCGGACGCGCGUGGAACGAGUACGCCACGGUCGUCUACUAUCAUGUGAAUAUGUCCAGGAUCAUCGUCCCGCAGGGGUGGGAGGCAUGGAAAGCAGAUGGCGAGACUAACAAAGUCGUAUUCGCAGAGGUUGGGUGCACCGGGCCAGGAUCGAACAUGACCGGAAGAGUGCCGUGGGAGAAGCAACUGAGCGAGGUGGAGGUGGAGAAGUUCGUGGACAUGAGCUACAUCGACGACGGUUGGAUAGGCGAGCAGCCAUACUAGUAUGAGAUGGCCCGGCCUUCUUUUCCACAACUCACUCAUGUAUUUAGAUUUGUAACACCAAUCUGUAAAAGUGCUCAACUAUACUUUUCCACAACUUGUGGCUGGAAAAGUGCUCAAAAGGAAAACUUUGUAACACCAAUAUGUUUUGUUUGUUUGAA